AUGGCUCCAAGAUCCGCCUCUAGAACCCCUGAAGCAAAUGACACUGACUGGGAUUCGAGUCUCGCAGCUUCGCCGGCGUCAUCUCGCUAUUUCACCCCUGGUCCCGUCGAAAUCGACCUCGAACUGGUGGAAAAACCUACAAUUGAAGACGGCAAGCUCUUCGACACUGCCCAGGACGGCAUCGAUGCGGUCAAUGACUCUCUUGCGUCUAUUGGGUAUGCGGUUGUUAAGCACCGCUCGAAAUCCCGCGGUUCUAAAGCACUCGGAAAUGAAGCUGUCUACCUUGUUGUCCUUCGUUGCGACCGUGGGAGACGCCCAGACCCUCGCCCUAAUACUCCUGACGGUCCGGAAGACGCCCUACCUCGUCCCGACAGACAUUCGGGGCGGCGACCGCGUGCUCGUAUCGCCUACGUCUCUGUCUCCAGCCGACUGGGCACUGGAGUGCCUCCCCGCCAGAUCCUCUCGAUUCUCGCUGGACAGGGCGCUCAGUUAAGGGAGCAUGAUAUCACCAACCGUACUCAGAGGCUUAUCACCGAGUUUCUCGCCGGCCGGACCCCUAUCCAGGCCCUCUUCGAGGAGCUACCGAAGCGCGGAGAGUGGUAUCUCCGUCAUACAACCCAGUUCGACGGUAGGACAGUGUCGGGAGUCUUCGCAAUACAUCGUACUAGCGUUGCGCAGCUUCGGGAGUCUCCUUACGUGCUAUGGAUGGACUGUACGUAUCAGACCAACCGCUUUAACAUGCCGUUACUUGAUAUCAUUGGAAUCAACUCGGUCGGGAGGUCCUUUUCGGUCGCAUUUGUCUUCCUACCGAGCGAGCGAGAAGACGCGUAUAGCUGGGCUUUACGGUGUCUACAGGGCGUCUACGACGAGUAUGACCUUGGGAAUCCCCUCACGGUAUUCACUGCUAAAGAGAAGGCCCUCCUGAAUGCGAUUGCCGCUGUCUGGCCGACGACGGGUUCCUUGAUCUGCCAUUGGCAUGUCAAUACGAAUAUUAAGUCGAAGGCGAUGCCAGCUAUCGACGCGAGCUCCGACUGA